UUUUUUUUUUUAAGAAUGAUUAUCGGUCGUGACCAAAUUCAAGUGGCAUUGAUAAAGGUCGAUACAAGAAGCCAAAGGAAUAGCUAUGCCGGCGCCCUGUGCAUAAGAGAGCCGGUGUUUAGUGGGCGUGUCAGACAGGAGAGGUUCCUGGCGGCUCCUAUAAAUACAGGGGAACUUGCCAACCCCGGACCAGUCGUGCCGCCACAGCAGGACGAAGAAGGAAUCAUGUCUCGCAACCGCAACGGAACCGACUACAACAACUGGCUGAACAGUCUGCGAGCUGACUACUCUCGCAGCUUCAAUCGACGCAGGCGAGACGAAAAUGAAGCCGACAAACCUCCUGCUUCCGCUAACAACGUCGAACGCGCUCACUGGUACAUCAAGGACAAUGCCAAGACCCACAAGACCAUCAAGUACGACCUUGUGCACGACGAGACGGAGCCCAAGCCCAUCCUCCGUCGUGGCCAGACCUUCUACCUGGCCCUCAGGUUCAAGGAGAACUUCGACGUGAAAAAGGAUCGUAUUCUCUUGCACUUCAAUUUCGGCCACAAGCCCUCGGUCCAAAAGGGCACCAAGGCAAUUAUCCCAGUGCAGAACGACAAGUUCACCAAGACCAAGGACGACUGGGACUGCCGCAUCGACCCUGGAACCCGUGGCCGUGAUCUGGUCCUCCAGGUGUACAUUCCUGCCUCCGCAAUGGUGGGAAUCUGGAGGCUCGAAGUCCGCUGUGGCCUCCAGGACACGAGUCAGGGGCAGGGACAGAACAUCUACAAUGACGAGACUGACUGCUACAUCCUCUUCAACCCCUGGUGCAAAGAUGACAAUGUGUACCUCGAUGACGACGAUAAGCGGGAGGAGUAUGUGGUAAACGACAAGGGCAAGGUUUACGUGGGACCCUUCAACCGCUCCCGUGGACGCCCCUGGGUCUUCGGCCAGUUCGACGACGUGGCUCUCCCCGUUGCCGUGUAUAUCCUCGAGCUGAGCCGCAUCGCCGACAGUGAGCGAGGAAACGCCGUCCGGGUGGUGCGAGGCAUCUCCGCAGGGGUUAACGACUCUGAUGAAGGAGGCAUCUUGGAGGGUCGUUGGGACGGGGAGUACGGAGACGGCGUGGCGCCCUACAAGUGGACUGGCAGUGUGAGGAUUCUGGAGGAGUAUGUAAAGAAUGGCUACAAGCCUGUCAAGUACGGCCAGUGCUGGGUCUUCUCAGCUCUUGUUACCACAGUGUGCCGCGCCCUUGGCAUUCCCUGCCGCUCCGUCACGAACUUCGUCUCUGCUCACGACACGAACUCCUCCUUGACCAUCGACAAAUUCUUCACGUCCGACGGCGAGGAGCUCGAGGGCGGCCCCGACGGCGAGAACUGGGACUCCAUCUGGAACUUCCACGUGUGGAAUGAUGUGUGGAUGGCCCGCCCUGACCUUCCUCCAGGCUAUGGUGGCUGGCAGGCGAUCGACGCGACGCCACAGGAGGAGAGCGAGUUGAAGAUGCAGUGCGGCCCUGUGUCCCUGGAAGCCGUGAGAAGGGGAGACAUUGGCUUGAGCUACGAUGCGCCCUUCGUGUUCGCUGAAGUGAACGCCGACGUCAUGCACUGGGCGGAAGACCCUGAGAGCGACUGGGGUUGGAGUAGGAUGAAGAUGAACAAGUACCACGUCGGCCGCUCGAUCCUGACGAAGGCCUGCGGAAAGGACGACGACUUCGGCGACACGGACCGCGAGGAGCUCCUCAACAGCUACAAGAACCCUGAGAACUCUGUGGCGGAGCGGCUGGCCAUCCACAAUGCCGUGCGAGGAUGCCGUCGGGCUCAGCAGUACUACGAGUACAAGCCCGGACAGAAGGACGAUGUCUUCUUCGACCUCACAGACAUCGACAAGAUCACUGUCGGGCAGGAGUUCAAGGUUCAGGUGAUGGUCCGCAAUGACUCCGAUGAACCAAGACAAGUCAGCGCCCAUCUGACGGCUCGCUCAGUCUACUACACUGGUGUCACCGCUUCCCUUAUCAAGAAAGCAGAGGGCAAUUUCCAGCUGGGUCCCAAGCAGCAGCAGGAGGUAGCCCUGACGGUGACAUACAGUGAGUACUGGAAGAAGAUGGUCGAGCAAUGUAUGAUGAAGAUUUAUGCCAUCUGCCGUGUCCAAGAAACUGGCCAAACCUGGAGUGACGAAGAUGACUUCACUGUAGAGAAACCCAAGCUUGACAUCCAGGUUGCCUCACAGCCGAAGGUCCGUGAGGCCUGCGAAGCAACAUUCUCCUUCAAGAACCCGCUGGACAUGCCUCUGACCAACUGCCAUCUGAGUGUGGACGGAGCCGGUCUCAUGCGCCCGAGGGCCAUCGAUAUCAACACCGAGGUGCCAGCCCACGGAGAGUUCACAUACACUUUGAGGUUCCUGCCGCGCAUCCACGGAGAGAGGAAGAUCGUCGCCUCGUUCACAGCCAAGGAAAUCUUCGACAUCAACGGCACGAAGACUGUGGAUGUCCUGAAGCGAGACUAAGAGAAAAACAAACAAAGGAACAAAUGGACAAUGGAGCUGGUUCGCUGGGCUCGGGAAGAGAAAUUUGCAGCUCAAACUAUAACAAAUGAGUAGUUUGUUAAUUUACAGAGUUAAUGAGAAAUAAUGUGUAGCUCUUUUAUUCGAGAAAUUUGAAGGGGAAAAUCAUUUACAUAUAUUUUAGGUUAAAAGAAGCGUCACAUUCCAAAUUGAUUAAGACUAACAGAGCAGAAUAUAUUUACCUUAAUUAUUAUUUAAUGAUAACAAAGGCAGCUAGAAAAAAAAUGAAUACGUCCAUUUUAAAGAGUAAAGCCUGACUUGUUUUUAACGCCAAAAAGAGAGACAAUAUAAACAGAUAUUUUUUCUUACAAUCGCUCAAUCCAGGAAUACUAUUUCACAUAGUUUGUAUUUUGGUUUAAACAUUUUGAAUUUCGAAAUGUAAUCACGCCAGACAUAAGAUCCAUGUCUUGGUAAAAAAUACAUCAAGUUAACAUAAACAUAGAUCUUAUGUAGAAGCAUCAAUGUUUAUAAUAUUUUCUUUUGAGUUAGUGAGAACUCAAACAAUGGUUGAAUGAAGCAAUUUGAUUCAAUUUCUUAUUAUACACUUAAAAUGUAGUGGAUAAGGUUGCAACUCUUCAAUACAUUUACAUUCAAAGUAUAUGGAUAUACAUGUACCAAAUACUAACACACAUUUUCAGCAUCAUUUCGAACGUCAUUAGCUAAUCACUUUCUUUCGUGAUGGAGAAACGGAAAGAAAAAAAAUACAUACAAACAUUACAUUCGUAGCCUAUGUAGUUUAUACCCUUGUUCAUGAACCGAAAACAUCGUGCCUUGUGAUGGAGUGCCUGCAAAACAUGUUGAGGACGCGUUAGGAAGUCUUGUGAAAGUUGCCAAAUGUUUCUAGAUCCAUUAGAGAUGGUUGUUUUGUUCGGUGCUUUGUGGCUUCGUCUCAAUCACGUUUUCUACACGCAAAUCUGUUUUAACUGAUUAAUUUUGUUGUGUGAUCCUUUUUCUUAAGAAAUUUUGAAUAUAUGUUUUCUAUAUUCCAAAUUAUAGAUAACUACCAUGUUUCAGCAUCUUUGAUUAAAGAUUUACAUGUUUCCA